AUGAGCUUACUUAAAAUUGUAUUUAUUUUUAUGUCACUAUGGUUUUCUUAUUGUUAUUCAUAUAUGAAUAUUAAGAGAUAUCCAAAUAAUGUUUUGAAUUCAACUGAAUCAAAAAUUUAUGAUCAUAACUUUGAUAAAAAUUCUAUCCUAAAUAAUUUGUAUAAAAGAAAUAAGUUGUAUUACAUAUAUCCUAAACAAAAUCUAUUAAUUAAAAAUACACAAUUUUACAAUGUACCAAGGGCAAAAACAGCCAUUUCCCUCUUUAAAGAUAUAAAUAUGUCUAAUUUUUUUCCUGGUUUUAAGACCAUCUUUAACACCAAAUUUUUAUUUGACCCUUUGUACAGUUCGCAUAAAGAUAUUAUCAUAAAAAAUAUAAAGACCAUACAAUUAUUGCAACAAGGUAAUUACGUGAAAAGCAUUUUCAUAUUUGGGGCCUCCUGUUUUACAAUUUUUAUUAUAACCAAACUUCUUUUAAUGCUCAGAACAUUUUUCCAGAACCAAUAUAAAAUGAUAAGUGAACAAGAAAUAGAGCUUAUGGGAAAAUAUGAAAAUCCACAUAUUGAAUUUAAAGAUUAA